GCGGCCGCAGAAAGCGGUGCGGAUCCCAGUGUGUGCCGAUCUCCGGAGGUUCCCGGAUAAUCCAGCUGGACCCCCAGUGGACUGGAUCUUCCCUCUGGUUUACCCACACUUAGCAAAAGUGAUUUUUUUUUCACAUUCCUUGUGAGGAUUUUUAACCACUCAGCGCAGGUGACCUGAAACUGGUUGCAAAGAGAGAGGACAGGAAAACAAAUGGACGGAGAGCAGAGAGAAAGUGGAUAAGAAAGAGAAAGAUGGACAAGAAGGAUUCCUCCUGGAACAGGGCAGUCCUUUUCGAUGCAGAGCUUUGAUUUAAAAAGCAGACAGGGGGCAUUACUUGAAAAAAGUGUAGAGGAUUUUGUGCUGUAAUGAGAAUAAUCACUUUUUAUGUCUUAAUUGCAUUAUUCUAAAGGCAGAAAAAGUUCCAACCCUUUUUCCGAAAGCCCUCAGGUCUUACGAGCUCCGUUAUUAUGGAGAAGACAUACUCACUAACUGCCCAUUAUGAUGAGUUCCAAGAAAUAAAAUACGGUGGUCGCUAUAGCAGUGACAUCCUCAGCAAUGGCAUGACCCUUCACCUGGGGGGCAGCCUGGACCGCCAUAUGAGCCGAGGAAGGGGAGGGACCUGGUCAAAUGGUCGAAACAAAGAUGUGAGCGGCAACAGCAGCAACAGAGGCCUUCCUCGCUGGAGCAGAAGGGAGAUCUGCCUCCUCUCAGCAUUGGUCUUUGCUGCAGGCAUGUGUGUCAUCCUGGGGAGCAUGCUGGCACUCAAGUACAUUUCACUUGAUGCCCAGCAAGACCCGUUGUGCAGACAGGACUGCCAAAGCAAACGCUCCCUUCUGCGGGCAGCUCGCUUUGUUCAAGCCAAUAUUGACCCAACCAUCCAGCCCUGCCAGGACUUCUAUUCCUUUGCCUGUGGGGGCUGGCUAAGGCGCCAUGGUAUCCCGGAGGACAAGCUCAGCUAUGGCAUCAUCACAGCUAUUGGAGAACAUAAUGAGGAGAAACUACAGCGCCUCCUGCUGGAGCCAAUUCAGAGACGUGGGCCAGACUCCGCAGAACGUAAGGUCAAGGAGUUCUAUCGUUCCUGUAUCAGCAUCGAAGAGAUUGACAAACUUGGCUCGGAACCCAUGAUAGAGGUGUUAAGUAGCUGUGGAGGAUGGGACCUAGUGGGAGCUCCUCCUGGCGCUGCUGGGUGGGAGAGGGAGGGCGCUCCCCAGCGGCCGGACUUCAAUGAGCUGCUCUACAGGACGCAGGGGGUUUACAGCACUGCCGUCUUCUUCUCCCUUACCGUCAACGUGGACGAUAAAAACUCCUCCAGGAACGCCAUCAGGAUUGAUCAAGAGGGACUGACACUGCCAGAAAGAAGCCUCUACCUGGGUCAGGAUGAGGACAGUGUGAAGAUCCUGGCGGCGUACAAGGCCCUGAUGGAGCGCCUUCUGAGCAUGCUGGGCGCUCACAAUGCCACACAGAAGUCAAAGGAGAUUAUACAGCUGGAGACCCAACUGGCCAAUAUCACUAUGUCGGAGUAUGAUGACCAAAGAAAAGACAUCAGCACCAUGUAUAACCGUAUCACCCUCAGGCAGCUGCAGCGCAUCGCACCUAGCCUUCACUGGAAGCGGUUGUUGGACAGAAUUUUCCACGACAACUUCUCAGAAGAUGAAGAGAUUGUGGUGCUCGCCACUGAUUACAUCCAGAAAGUCUCGGACAUCAUCAAGAACACUUCAAAGAGAGUUCUUCAUAACUACAUGUUGUGGCGCAUUGUGGCAGCGCUAAGCGAGCACCUGUCCACCGCCUUCCGAAGCACCAUCCACGAGUUUUCUCGAGAGAUCGACGGCACCGAGCAGCAGCUGGAGCUGGGCCGGCUCUGCCUCACUCAGGCCAACAAGCACUUUGGCAUGGCCCUGGGGGCGCUGUUUGUCCAGAAGCACUUCUCUUCACAGAGCAAGGCCAAGGUACAGGAGCUGGUAGAGGACAUAAAGCACUCCCUGGAUCUUCGGCUGCAGGAACUGGACUGGAUGGAUGAGGCUACCAAAGAGGCUGCCAGAGCAAAGCUCAAGCACAUGAUGGUGAUGACAGGAUACCCAGAUUUCUUGCUCAAACCUGAGCUCAUUGAUCAGGAAUAUGGGUUUGAUGUGAACGAGAAGACCUACUUCAAGAAUAUCCUCAACAGCAUUAAAUUCAACAUCAAGCUUUCUGUCAAGAAAAUACAUGAACAAGUGGACAAGACAGCGUGGCUUCUCCCCCCACAGGCUCUUAAUGCCUACUACCUCCCUAACAAGAAUCAAAUGGUUUUUCCUGCUGGCAUCCUGCAGCCUACUCUUUACAAUCCUGAGUUUCCACAAUCUUUGAACUAUGGAGGAAUAGGAGCUAUCAUUGGGCAUGAGCUGACGCACGGUUAUGAUGACUGGGUGAUGCAAUGGUUCAUGUCCCUAGGGGGCCAGUACGACCGCUAUGGCAACCUCAAACAGUGGUGGACUCAAGACUCCUACAGAAAGUUUCAGAGGAAGGCUGAAUGCAUUGUCAAGCUCUACGAUAACUUCACUGUGUAUAACCAGAAGGUGAAUGGCCGCCUGACAUUAGGAGAGAACAUAGCUGACAUGGGAGGACUAAAAUUAUCGUACUAUGCAUAUCAGAAAUGGGUGAGGGAACAUGGUCCAGAGAGGCCCCUCCCUGGCCUAAAAUACACCCACGAACAGCUGCUCUUCAUAGCCUUUGCUCAGAACUGGUGCAUGAAGAGAAGAUCUCAGUCCAUCUAUCUGCAGCUGCUCACUGACAAGCAUGCACCAGAGCACUACAGGGUGCUUGGCAGUGUUUCACAGUUUGAUGAGUUUGCCCGUGUUUUCCAUUGUCCCAGAGGAUCUCCAAUGAACCCUGUGGAAAAAUGUUCCGUUUGGUGACCCAGUGACUCUGGAUUUUUAAGCUCCCUGCAAAACUCACCUUUUCCUCAAACACAUCACACAUUCUCAAAGCUCAUCGGGGAGAAAACGGAGUGUAUAAACCCCUGCAUAUGGACCCACAUCGUCAUCGUCAGUGACUGAGUCCACGCUGGUCAAACCAAGCAUGGGUCACAUGACUGUUGCUUGUGUACAUACUGUAUGUCAUGUGAUUAUAAAUAUUUUUCUAUGUUUGAAUUUAUUUUGAAAUCAUCUAUUUUUCUAUUUAGCAGAUAUCUCAUACAUCAUCUGUAGGAUUCAGAGAGUUUAGGCGUCAUGUUCUCUUGUUUGUUUCUCCGUAAAUAAGAAUUAUUUCACAUGAACUGAAAAAUGCCCAAUCUGAGGUGAAUAUGGAUUUUUAGCACCUUUGUGGCAGCCAAACAAUCAGGAAGUAUCCAUCUGCAGGGAUUGCUCUCAGUCCCCCCACCAUUUUGCUAUUAUAACCUGUUAUUAAGCCUAAUAGUAACCGGGCUGCAGCUAAAUUUAUAUUUCUAUUAUCCCACAGUAAAAGCCAAAUAUUUACAUACAUUAUAAAAAGAUGCAUAACAUUUUUUUUCUCAAUCUAUGGUAUUAGAUCUCACUAAACCUUUUCCAUUUUCGGUCACUUAGGAUUAUCAAACUUAUUUCUAUUCUCCAAAAUCCAGGAUAAUAAUAGAUUUUUUCUUUAGAAUUUUCAAAUUUCUUUCUACAAACCCAGAUGUCAACAUGUACUAAGAUUGCUACGUGUCUAAAAUAUUGGGCACACGCAGAUGAUGCUUUCAUGGCUUUGUAACCUCCGAACAAAUUAAUUCACGACAUCUGAGUUCAGUGGAGCCACACCUGUGGAUGUAUUUUCCUUGACAUCAUGGGAAAAAUCUAAAGAUAUCAGGCAGAUAACUGCGGACUUCCACAAGUCUGGUUAGUCCUUGGGUACAAUUUCUAGAUACCUGAAGGUGCCACAUUUAGAGAUGAACGUCCCAGAGAACAACAUGUUUUGGUGUGAAAUGUGCGUAUCAACCCCAGAACAGCAGCAAAAGACCUUGUGAAGAUGCUGCUGAAGCUAGUAGGAGAGUCAUUAUCCACUGUAAAAUGAGUCCUGAACCUACAUGGGCUUAAAUGGCAUUCAAAAAGUACAAAUGGACUUAUGGAAAAGACCAUCAUUUUAAGAGACAUGUCCUGUGAUCUGAUGAAAUCAUCCCAACUGUGAAGCACAAAGGUGGCAGCAUCAUGUUGUGUGUAUUGCAACAUCUAAAGACAUCAGCCAGAAAGUUUAAGUUUGGGUACAAAUGAAUCUUUCAGAUUGACAAUGACCCUAUGUAUAAUGCCAAAUUAGUAACAAAUUGGCUUAAGGACAACAAAAUUAAAGUUUGGGAGUGGCCACCACAAAUCUCUGAUCUCAGGGGGUUUGGGGGCAGAUCUGAAAUGGCACCAGUUACACUAGUUCUGUCAGGAACGGGUCAAACUUCCAGCAAACUAUUGUGAGUACGUUGUGGAAAGAAAACCCAAAACGUUUGACCUAGCUCAUUCAGUUAGUUUAAAGGCAAUUCUACCAAGCAUUAAACAAGUGCACGUAAACCUCAGAAUUUAACGAAAGCUUUAAGAAAACAAACAAAAAAUAUUAUUCUGGCAUGUAGCAAAUAGGAAUAAUAUUUUUCUGCUAAAUUUAACUGAUCUAAACAGAAAAAGAUUAAGUCUAAUUUAAUGACAGUAAGAAAAAAGGUAGUUUUGUUUAUUCACAUUUGUAUUAAAAUAUGUCUUUAGUGAACUGGAGAACUUUGAACAGACUUGUCCUUUCCAACACACCAACUGGAAAUGAUAUCAUGCGUGAACUGAAAGGCCUUUCAGACAGUAAGGCCUCAAAAUGGUGUUUGGACUUAGAGCGAUGUUGAGAACCUGGAGCUAAAGCUGCAUAUUCUUGAAAAUGUAGGCAUUCUCCCACUCUGGUGUUGGAAUUGUUUAAUUUGUGUUGCAACGCUACCCUCUUGUGGCCACUGAGAGCAAUGGUCAGUGUUCAGCUCGUCUCGACUGUUGUAAUCAAUGUUUGCCUGCAUUGGUCUCUUGUUACUGUGAGUGUUUGUGAGGUUUUUUAAAGACUUGUUGACUCACGCUGAGUAAUUUUCUCAGGAUUUGUAGCAAAGGGCAGCACCAAAGAGAGAAAUCUUCUCUUCAAGCAAUGCUGCCAAGACACAGGAGAAGAAGAACAGUGUUCUAUUGGAGGUUGUAUGUUACAUGUAACUCAUCACAGAAACCAACAUCAUGGUCCAACUGUAAUUAUGGAGAAUCAUACAUUUGUACACAGUGUUUUCUAUAAAGAAUUUGUUAAGGCAAAAACAGAAGAAUCUUUGUACAGUGAAGUAUAUCAGAUGUAAUGGUUGUUGAAGUGAGUGCAUGUUUCCAUCCAGACCAGCAUUCAAUUCUGAUCAAUUAACAUGAAGGAUCACACACGCACACCUCAGUGUACAGCUGCUAACUCACAUGUGGCUGCUCUCUCUUCCUCUCUGUUGGCCGCUGUUUAAUGUUCUAAUAAAACAGGAUCACUGCCUGUGUCCAGGUGGUUGGCUAA